CCAAACUGUCAAAACGACAAGUGACGUUUGUGAGGUUAGAAAUUUAUUUACAAUAAUACAUUUAUGUAAAUACAAAUAUUUCAAAAUGUCGUUGUUUGCUGCUUAUGCAGCAGAUGCCGAAGCGCCGACACCAGAUCCAACUCCACAAACCGCCAGCUGGUUACACAACCCCAGUUUUCAAAUUGAUGUGACACCAAAUACAGAAUCACAGAAUGAUAGUGUAUCGGUCUCUGACAGCCCCGAACGCAAGAAACGCAAGAAAGAGAAAAAAGACAAGAAACAUAAGCACAAAGCACACGAAGAAGAAGCUACUGUUACAGUUCCACAGCUUGAAGAGGAAGGUUUUGCCGUGGACAAGGCACGCAAUAAAGAAUUUCUUAGUGUUCGAACUAUAGCACGGCCGUCAGCUCCUCGAUAUAGUAUCAGGUAUUUUGUUACUAACAUGAAAGUACGACACAGAAAAAAGUUUAAGAGGUAUUACCAACAAGUGCAGAAAUUACUCGAUAAAGAGAAUUCUGAAAAUAAAGAGCAAGUGAUAACCAAAGAAAAUGUUAAUAAACUUGGAGGAAGUAAAAAAGAUGAGAACUUCGCUGGGUUUAAACAAGAAGAAGAGCUGUCUCAAACCACAGCCAGUUAUAAUCGCAAAUUAACAGAGAACACCCAUGAUAUAAAAUUGUGGUUAGAGUAUGUAAAUUUUCAAGAUACUGUGUAUCAGUUUGAGAAAACUUAUCGAAAGGGGAGUAUUGCAAAAGGCUUACGAGUUCUAGCAGAGCGUAAACUAUCAAUCCUGGACAAAGCUCUCACCUACAAUCAAAACUGUGAGGAAUUAUUACGAGAACGUUUGAACGUUGCUGUUAGUAUAUACCCAUCAGAUGAGCUACAAGUCCAGCUAAAAAGUCUUGUUGAUAAAGAGCAGGGUAAUAUAAUCUUGUGGCAAGGUUAUAUUGAAUCGACUCAGUGUUCCAUGUCACAUUGUAACACCCCAGCAGUACUAAAUUUGUAUACUAAGUGUUUAUCAGUUUUGCACAAACUCCGGCGAAACUCGUCAAUGGAAAGGGCCCAACUGGAAGAAAAUAUACUUAAAAUGUUGUAUCAAUGCGGGCUAUUUUUGAAACAAGCCGGUCUCUUUGAACAAUUGUGGACGUUGUUGAGGUUAUACUUAGAACUAAAUCUAUCACCGAGUGACAAAAACAAAUUCAAUAUUCCUUCAAGUUUUCAAGAGAAACAGUUAGUAGAAUUGGAAGAAGUUGUUUUCAAUUCACAACUGCCCCUUCACGAAUUGUGGUUAAGGACGGAGAAAUUGAGAGAAGCUUGCCAUUGGUUGCCGUACACGGAAGAUGGACAGUGUGAAGAUCCACAACGUUUGGUUUUUCCAGAAGAUGUAUCAGAGUUGAUUCACCCUAUCACAAUGCCGGAGAACACGUUUAGGUUAAUCGCGACGAUUUUAACGUUACUGAAAGUACCGUUGUUGUCUACUCGACAUAGUACAAUGCAAGAUUUGGGUUUAGAUUAUGUGCCUUGGGCUCUAGAUUCUAUUGAGUCACUUUUGUCUGCAUUUUUACCGUUGUUUCCAAUCGACCUCACCAAUCCGUAUUUAAUUAUUGAUAAUAGAUUAUCAGUGGGUCCCCAAUAUAUAAAGGUUCUUCCUGGCCAAGAAGAAUACUUAGAUUUUGUAUUGACGAUUAUGAAAAGUUGCACUGAGUGUUUGACUGGUGAUGACAAAACUGCGACUACGGUGUGGUGGCUUAGAUUCCAGAAGUUGUUAAUAAUUUUAGAUAAACAAAACAGGUUUAAAAUGCCACAGGGUUUUAGCAAGAAAAUCAAAUCUAGCGUGAAGAAUUUACUGAAGCAGGAAGAGAACAGAAGCAAUAUUUUGUUUUACUGUGAGUAUGCGUUAAUAGAAUAUGAACAAGGGAAUUUAGAUACUUGCUUAAACAUCAUAAGAACCACCCUAUCUUUUAGUUCUAAUCGAGUAAUAUUAGCUAGCUCAAUAGACGAAGAGCAGACUUCACGUUGCUACAUGUAUCGCAUCCUUAUUGAAGUUUAUUUGAAAGCGGAAAAAAAUAAUGAUGCCUUAAAACAUUUAAUAAGUUAUGUUUUGGAGAAAAAUUCUGUUGAUAACGUCACUGAUGAUUUAAUUAACCAGGCUAACCUCAAGUUCAAACAUGUGACUCUACAACUCUUACAAAAAGAUAUUACGAAACUUCCUGUAACAAACCACUUUCUUCCUAAUUUUACAAUUGACUGGAUUAUUUGCAAUGGAUGGUUCUUGUACUUGACCAAAGGCCCGAUUCAGUGUGGCACUUUCCUUGAGAAUAUUCUUUCAGAGAUGGAAGAAAAACAGCCUGGAAUGAUGUAUCAAAAGGAAGUUAUUUACGAGUUUUACGUUGCUGUCUUGUUUAAACAUUGCGUUCAUAAUCCAGGCCAAGGAACUUUUAAAAUUUUGGACGAGGUGUUGAGCCGAGCCAUCGAACAAUACCCUAAUAAUCUAUUCCUACUUGCUGUUCUUGCAAAAGAACAAAGUAUGACGAGCUGCUCAGGAGUACCAUGGUGGAAAUUGAAAACGCUUCUCAUGAAAACUGGGCGAGCCUUUCCCACAUUAUUUCUGGUGUUAAUAACCAAUCAGAAUAUUGUUUCCGCUCAGGAAACUUUGAUUGAAACUUUUACCGGACGCAAGUAUGAAAUUAGCGGAAGUCAGAAGAACCGCAUGUUGGCUUUAUUUAGACGUAUCACAAGACCGGAUAUGUGUACCAGGAGGUGUGGUUUGGUGUGGAGGCUGUAUUUGCAGUUUAUCCACGCAUACUUUGAUCCUGCCUUAGUCCGGAAUGUGUAUUAUCGUGCCGUCGAAGAAUGCCCUUGGUUAAAAGCUUUAUAUAUCGACGCUGCCAUUUACAUCCCUGCUGAGCUGGCCCAAAUUCAAGACUUGUUGAUAGAGAAGCAACUCCGUUUACACGUGACCCCUGAAGAAUUGGAUGUUUUACGUAGUUAAACAUUGUUCUGUGAUAUUUAAUUUUUAAAUAGAUAUUUAAGGUUG